CCCCCUCUUCUUCCUUGCAGGAGCCCAGUGAUAAAGGAACCAUGGUUGAUCCGAUGGAGAAUGGCUUGUUUGACAUUCCUGACUAUGACAACACAGAUGACGAGACCUUUCCUCCUCUCCCCCCUCCCUUCUCACCAGGAGAGGGAGGAGAUCCUUUUACAGGGGAGGAGGGGGGAGAGAUCUCCAAGCUGGCCGAAGUCCCUGUUGCCAAGAGGAGAGGCGUCAAGAGACCACAGCCCAAACUGGACUCUCAGAGGCUGACAUCAGAAAGAGGACUUCCGGCUCUUCGCAACCUGUUUGACAACGUUCAUUUCAAAGGCAAAGGACACGAGGCUGAGGACCUGCGGGUGCUGAUGCAGAGGAUGGAGAACUGGGCUCACAGGCUGUACCCCAAACUACAGUUCGAAGACUUCAUAGACAAACUGGAGACGCUGGGCAGCAAGAAAGAAGUCCAGACGUGUCUCAAGAGAAUACGGUUGGACAUGCCGCUAAUACAUGAAGACUUCAUAGGAGACGACGGUGAGGACGACACCACGACGUCGAGAGACGGCCGUGUCCCAACCAUGACGACCCAGACCCGCUUGGAGACGGAGGUUUCGCUGAAGACCCCCCAGGACGGGUCACAGUCCCAGCCCCUCCCUGCUGGCCCGGGCCACUCCACCCCAGCCCCCACCCUGUUCCCUUCCUCCCAGGCUGGUCCACUCCACCCCAGCCCCUCCCUGACAGAGGAACAGCGGAGUUUCAACAAACGGCUUGCCUUAGAGAGGAGACUGGCCCGCAUGCAGCAACACACAGAUGGCUCCCAGGAGAUGGCCUCCAGCCAGUCAGCAGACAGACCAUCUACCUCCCAGUCCCAGGAGAUGGCCUCCAGCCAGUCAGCAGACAGACCAUCUACCUCCCAGUCCCAGGAGAUGGCCUCCAGCCAGUCAGCAGACAGACCAUCUACCUCCCAGUCCCAGGAGAUGGCCUCCAGUCAGUCAGCAGACAGACCAUCUACCUCCCAGUCCCAGGAGAUGGCCUCCAGUCAGUCAGCAGACAGACCAUCUACCUCCCAGUCCCAGGAGAUGGCCUCCAGUCAGUCAGCAGACAGACCAUCUACCUCCCAGUCCCAGGAGAUGGCCUCCAGCCAGUCAGCAGACAGACCAUCUACCUCCCAGUCCCAGGAGAUGGCCACCCAGUCAGCAGACGGACCCUCUACCUCCCAGUCCCAGGAGAUGGCCACCCAGUCAGCAGACGGACCCUCCACCAGGUCCUCCUCACACCCCUUCCCCAGCCAGCAGCAGGAGGAUGAAGACCCGGACCAGGGAGACCCAGAGGACAAGGGCCAGAGCAGGCCAGACCACUCCAGGGACAGAGCUCUAAACACUGCUUCCCCUGCUGAGGCUGACUCCCUGGUGUGUGAGGGUGCAGUAGCCAGCCCUGUUCCUGAGAUGAGCAACGUCAGCAGGGCCUGAGACACACAAACACACGAAGGACAGAACCGCUGACCCCCUCCACAUCCAUGGCUCCAACUGUCAGCAUACAUACUCACCCAGCACCAAGGGACACUGUCUUCUAGGACUGACAACUCAUCUGAGGAUGUUUUCUCUCUGUUCAAGUACAUUUUCAAUAAAGUUUAUACAAAUCUAAAACAUGGUCAUGUGUUGUCAACCAUUUUUACUCUUUAAUAAAUGUUGCCAUACGGGCCAAACAUCCUGUUGUGGA